UCUCUCUGUCUCUGUGGAGCGAAGCAGGCUCGGAGGUGCCCGACACCAUCCAGCACAGCCAGGUGAGCCGCUUCAGUAAUGCAACCCUCCAACUAUUGACUACAAUCGGCUGCCCUUUGAGAAGAGCCUGAUCUGCCUUUGCACAAUAACCAUUAUUUUAAAGAACAGAAAAGUACAGGCGCGCACUGUGCUUUUACGCAUGGAAGUUGGAAUCAGCCUAAUUACAUUUACGCAUGGCUGUGCCUCGUCUCUUCGGACGACGCGUCCAUGCUUAUGAGAGUUUGUCUUGGCGUAAAGAGCGGGGUAAAAAGUGAGCAACGAUGCGGGGCACGGAGCUGCUGCUCGGCUACUUUCUGGUGAAAGUUAUGGUGUGCGACGCGGAGGGCGAGCCUGGCCAGACCGUCGACGACUUCAUGAUAGUGACCGGUUUUAACGACUCGACGGAAGGGGACAGCGGAGUGACGGAGAGCCCGCACAUGGAGGACAAGUGCCGCGGCUACUACGACGUGAUGGGUCAGUGGGAUCCGCCGUUCGUGUGCAGGACGGGCAGCUACCUGUACUGCUGCGGCACCUGUGGCUUCAGAUUCUGCUGCGCGUUUAAAAGCUCCCGGCUGGACCAGACAACCUGUAAGAAUUACGACACCCCGCCGUGGAUGAUGACAGGGAGACCCCCGCCGAAAGUGGACGUCUCGCUGGACGCUGCGAAGGAUAAAACCAACCUGAUUGUGUAUGUCAUAUGCGGGGUUGUGGCUAUAAUGGCACUGAUAGGAAUUUUCACCAAGCUUGGUUUGGAAAAGACGCACCGCCCUCACCGUGAAAAUAUGUCCAGAGCUCUCGCACAUGUUAUCCGCCAUCCUGCCUCAGAACAUACGGACGACAUUGGACUUGGCCAGCACUACGAGAACAUACAAACCAGAGUCACAGUUAAAAGUGUCCAUAGCAACCAGUUGAACAACCUGGCUCAGACAUCUACUCUGAUAACACAGCCAUACCUGCCUGUGGGACAGAUCACCAGCCCCUACGAGCAUCAGAAUCCUGUCAAGGAUCUCAGCCAGUACGCCACGCUCAAGGCUGUGGCAGAGAAAGCUAAUGACAGCUUCUACAGCAAUCGGCGGCAAGUGAUUGAGAUGACAACCAAGGGCAGCCUUCCCAUGGAAGCUGUAGACAUGGAGCCAGAGCCGAGUAAUCCUUACAGCCCACCCCGACAGCUGCCUGCAAAGCACAAUGGACACAAGUACAAAAGCCCCAAGAGCCACAGUUCCCAGUCGCUGUCCUACAGUUCCAACAGUGCUGCCAGCCCGGGAGUGCUAAGAUCCUGGGAGAGCAAGGACACGCUGGGACUCCGUCAGAGCUAUGGCCCAAAGAAACUCUGUAUCAUAGAGAAGGAGCUGCACACCACUCGUUACCUGCCUCCACAGCCAUACUUUGUCACCAACAGCAAGACAGAAGUGACAGUAUGAGGGACUAUUAAAGCGUCAGGCUUUAAAAGGAGUCUGCGUUUAAGAAACACAGUAGCUGUUGACUGCGGGUGGAGUUGUGAAAUGAACAUGAACUGAAGUUUGUGCAGUCCUGCAUGUAACGGGCAGCAUUUUACGAUGUCACUCCUGAAGAGGGCGCAGCGAUGAAUAUAUCGUCAUCAAUACUUAAACGUAUAAUCCAACUACUAAAACAAAACAUCAAAGUACUCAUAUAUAAACAGUGAUGAGACAUGUGACACAUACAGUGCUGUCGUCAGUUUUUACUGGGAUGUCAAUGGAUCUUAAAAUUAAAGUAUGUAAUUUCUAUUAAAUCUACACUGUCUAUAUCUAUCCUAUCAAGGUCACGUAGAUUGUGGUUUCUUGGGUAUUGAUAUAGUUUGAAAAUGUCUGGCUAAAAUGUUACACUGCUAAGUGUUUAUACAAUACAGUGUCCAGGGAUGAUAAAUUAAAAAAAAAAACAUAAAUAAAUAAUUUUUUAAAAAAUUGCAGAUUUUGUUUGAAAUGAAAGAUGUGGUCGUGGUCGCUCAGUUCAUCACACAAGUUAAUCAGGAGGUACAUGGUUACAGUUAAAUGAGUACAACAGACAUUGUGAAAGCUCAUAGCACAUUUUUAAAUGUAAACUGGAUUAUGAGUUACAAAUGAAUUUGAACAUUUCAGCAUCAUCUAAAUGCAAAACAUUACUUACUAGGUGUAUUCUCAUUCAGAGUCCAACUUAAAAACAUGAGUGAUAUUAGUUGACUUUCACCGACUUAAAUAAGAACUGUAUUUUUUAUAGAUUCUGAGACAUACAUGUUGUUCCCAAAUUACUGCACAUCCAUUUUGGAGAGGAUCUUAAGUGUAAGUCAUCAGUAUUUCUAAAAUAUAGAGGAACCACUCUGUGAAAUGGUUAUUGUUGACCUAAAUGACUUAAAAUGCACUAAAAAGUCCAUUUAAAAUUUGUUAAUGUGGUGUCACGUUUUAAAGCUAUAGAUGUCUAAUUAUGAAGGAAACCAUCCAAACCAUGUCACUGCCAAACAACAUCCCCAUACAUAUAUUUCUAUGAUUACUAGGAGAAGUAGCUGCAGAGUAUUGAACCAGUGUUGUAUUGGUGUAAUAGUGCCUCUCAUCAGUACCAGCAUGUGUGUGUGAUUAUCCUAGAAUAUACUGUAGAUGAAGCCCCGGUAUUGGAAUAGUGAUCAGUCCUUGUAAUCCAUCAUCACCCCAACCCCAAGUCAUGUUCAGAGUGAAGAUAGUGGCCCAGACCCAAAUGUUGUUAAAUCUCUCAACUUUUGCUACAAAUUAAGUCUAAAUUUCACAGUUAUUGAAUGUAUCUGGUCUGGACAUUGUGAAACCAAUGAUACCAGUAGCGGCUAAUGUUUCCAGUGUUGGCGGUUAGGAACUUUCUGUCAGAAUGAAUGUAAAAACGUCGUGAAGCAAAAUUAAGUUUGUUUUUGUAUGUUACUACUCAAAUAAAUGGAUCGCUUAAAGACAUUUUAAGAGGUUUUGUUUGACUGACCCCAACAACUGUUCACAUGACGAUAUUUAUCUGCUGUUGUGGUAUUUUAGUUAAAAGAUACGUUUGAAUAUUGGUCACCACUUCUUAUCUCAGUUUCAAGUAACAGAUGCAAAAAAACGUACUGAAAAAGGACAUUAGGACGUUGGGAUUCGUGCCACCCUUGGCAAAAUGUGUUGUGCUAACAAGCUUUCCUUGUGCAGUUGAUCAUUUGUUGCGCUGAUUCCCAAGGCAAUAUAAAAAGAAGCUCACGUCUGCCUGUUAAAGUCUUACUCACGGAGGUGACUAUUUUGAGCAGCCGAGGACAAGGCUGCUCACUGCUGAUACAGUGGGAAGUGGGAAGUGGCAACUGCUGGUACAAAAGGUCUACUUAUGUAUUCUCAAGUCCAGAUAGCUGUUAGCAUUCUUGCAGAUUUCCAAAAAUCUGUACAUCCAGAGCACUAAACUGUCAUUUCACAAAGUUAGUCAACAGUUUCAGUGUUUAUGUGAAAUUUGUUAUUCAUACUGUUCAAUCUGAGAUCUCAAUUCACAAAAACAAUAUUGUACAGUGACUACCACUGAAUGUCCCUGUUUUGUGAAUGUAAUGUGUUUGAUUUUUUUCCUCAAAGGUACUGAAAACACUGUUAUUAAGCUACGCUACACUACACUAUAUUUACACAUCACGAUCUACUGUAAUACUGCCAGUUAAAAGCACAGUGUGUUCAACAUUUGUUUGUUUUGCCACAUCCAGUUGUGAGAACACAGCAGCACUGUUAUAGAUUGAGUUUAAAGCCCUGGUGAUCACGGGUCAGUUCACUGUGACUGCUAUCAAGUAUCUGUAUGAUUGUUAGCUCAUUAUCAGAAUAUGCAUCAGAUUAUCCAGUCACUCUAAUGGAUGUUGCAUCUUUAUGUACAGUACAAAUGUACUAUGUUUCAAGAUGCCAUGUUAAAUAUAUUCACCAUUUCGGUGUUGGACAGUUCACAUCAUCCAGUCAUUCUGGAAGAUUACUGAGCAUUUAAAUGUUUUCCAUGCAUUGUUUGUUCAGUAUAUAAUCCCUGUGUUGCCAAUGUGCUGCAAAUACCUUGACUCUCGAAAAUGCCUCUUUCGUUGUAUUGAAUUAUAAGCUGUUACAGUUGAAAAUCAGUAAUUCAGUUUCAUUGUGGUAUUUUGAAAUAGUUUCUGUGCAGUCUGGAAGAAAUCCAAGGUUCAUGAAACAUUUUCUAAACGUGGAAACCCUUUUAUGGCAAUGCAAGGUUUCUGCAAGGUAGCAGACAAUGUCAACUUAUUUUCAUGUGUUAGAUAAAUCCUCCAAAGUGUAUCUCAAAGAGACUGAAUUGCACGCAACUGGACUUAGAUUCUAUUCAAUCUCUUUGAGAUAGCUAUGACCUGGAUAUAUAUAUAUAUGACCUGGAUAGAAAAUCCACAGAUAUGCACCCAAAGUGUAGCCCGCCAUGUACAAAGGAAACAGUCAUUGGCAAUGAGAAACUGUAGCACAAUGUUAGUGGACUCUGUUUACCUGUCAUUUACCAGGAAUGCUAAAUAAUAAUAAUGUCAGUAUAAUAAUUUCAACUAACUUGCCUGCUGACAACAAACAUGUGGCUGAUGGUUGGAUUUAGUGUACUGGCUGCAAAAAAAUAAAAAUAAAAGAAUAUGCAUAUAAUCACAAUAAAAAAAUCUACAGGGGUAAAAUGUCUGCAGCUUUGCUGGUGCU